AUGCUGCACCAUCCUACCGAAGAGGUCGAAGCACCAGAGACCGUCGAGAGACAACCAGCCGAACAAGACCCAUCCUUUGCUCCUGUGAAGACGACAACGAAUUCACGACCAAAGCUAUCAGGAAGAAUGACUGAGGAAGACUUCUUCCGCACUCUCUCGCGCAGAAGAACAAGCCAGACUGGUGGUCUAAGCAGAGCACCAACACACGAAGACGACGAGGAAAGAGAAGAGAUUGAUCGUCUGAUGUCGCGUAUGUUCGGCAAGACCAGACAGGAACACUCCGAGGAAGAAAAGACCAGGCACGUUGGUCUCGUCUUCAAGAACCUUACCGUACGAGGUGUUGGUCUUGGUGCCGCGCUGCAACCUACUGUUGGAGACAUCUUCCUCGGUCUUCCCAGAAAGAUCAAGAAUCUUGUUUCCAGAGGACCUAAGAAAGCUGCUGGCAAACCGCAAGAAAGAACAAUCUUGUCAGACUUCAGUGGUGUUAUCAAGCCUGCUGAAAUGCUGCUUGUACUUGGACGGCCGGGUUCUGGUUGCACAACUCUGCUCAAGACACUAGCGAAUCAACGAGCAGGAUAUACUUCCAUCGAUGGUGAAGUCAGCUAUGGAGGUACUUCCGCGGAAGAGAUGGGCAAGAAGUACAAGGGUGAGGUUCUAUUCAUCCCUGACGAUGACUUGCACUACGCAACAAUCACAGUCAAGAACACUCUGUCUUUUGCUCUCAAGACUAAGACGCCUGGAAAAGACUCUCGCUUGGAAGGAGAGUCUCGCGGAGCCUACGUCAAAGAGUUCUUACGAAUCGUUACCAAGCUCUUCUGGAUCGAGCAUACUUUGGGCACAAAGGUUGGCAAUGAUUUCAUCCGUGGUGUAUCUGGUGGUGAAAAGAAGAGAGUCACCAUCGCAGAGGCCAUGGUGACUAGAGCGUCCGCCCAAUGUUGGGACAAUUCGACCAAAGGACUUGACGCAAGCACAGCUUUGGAAUACGUGCAGAGUCUGAGAUCCUUGACUAACAUGGCUCGUAUCUCUACUGCUGUUGCACUAUAUCAAGCAGGUGAAUCGCUUUACGACUGUUUCGACAAAGUCGUCCUCCUCCAUGAAGGCAAAUGCUGCUACUUUGGCCAUACCGAGGAUGCGGUUCAGUACUUCAAAGAUUUGGGCUUUGUACAACCAGAUCGUUGGACAUCUGCCGACUUCAUCACCUCCGUGACGGACGAACAUGAAAGACACGUCAAAGAAGGCUGGGAAAACAAGAUUCCCAGAUCCGGCGAAGACUUUGAUCGUCUCUUCCAAGAAAGCGAACAGAAGAAACGUAACCUCAAAGAGAUUGAGGAGUUUGAAGGAGAGACUCAGCAACUUACAAAGGCGAGACACGAUGCUCAAACCAAGGCUACCAAGAAGAAGAAUUUCGAGGUUUCUUUCCCAAAACAGGUUAUGGCUUGUACACAACGACAGUUUCUGGUCAUGAUUGGUGACAAGCAGGCCACUGUUGGUAAAUGGGGUGGUAUUGGCUUCCAGGCAUUGAUUGUAGGCUCACUGUUCUACAACCAACCAAAGACGGCUACUGGAGCAUUUCCCCGUGGUGGUGUUAUGUUCUUCUCGCUACUGUUCAACGCUCUUCUCGCCUUGGCCGAAUUGACGGCUGUCUUCCAGUCCCGACCUAUUCUUCUGAAGCACAAGAGUUAUCAGUUCUAUCGCCCAGCCGCCUUCGCUAUUGCCCAGACUGCGGUCGACGUUCCUCUGGUCUUCGUUCAAGUUUUCAUCUUCGACAUAGUCGUCUACUUCAUGUCCGGCUUACAAAGGACGGCUUCGCAGUUCUUCAUAUCGUUGAUGUUCUUAUGGAUCGUGACCAUGACCAUGUAUGCUCUUUUCAGAGCCGUUGGAUCCCUGGUCACCUCUCUCGAUGUCGCUACCAGGAUCACAGGACCAGUUAUUCAGAUCUUGGUGGUAUACACUGGGUAUCUCAUUCCACCAAGAAAAAUGCAUCCUUGGUUCGCUUGGCUACGCUGGGUCAACCCGGUCCAAUACGGUUUCGAGGGUUUGAUGUCUAACGAGUUCUACAACCUCGAACUACAGUGCAAUCCUCCCUACUUGGUUCCCCCGAAUGCACCUUCACCACAAUAUCAGUCAUGUGCUCUUCAAGGAAGCACGCCCGGGUCAACGACUGUCAAUGGCGCCAACUACAUCGAAACUGCAUUUACUUACUCGCGCAGUCAUUUGUGGCGCAACUUUGGUUUCAUCUGCGCAUUCUUCAUAUUCUUUGUUGCACUCACUGCUCUUGGUAUGGAGUUGCAGAAGCCCAAUAAGGGUGGCGGUGAAGUAACGGUCUUCAAACGUGGUCAAGUUCCCAAGUCUGUCGAAAAGGAGGUCGAGACUGGAGGCAGGACCAAUGACGAAGAAUCUGGAGAGCCGAGCCAAGGUCAGAUCGAUGCCACACCGAAUAAUGAAGAAGCUCGUAAAGGAUCCGAUUCUGACGACACUGUUGCGGGCAUCGCCAAAAACGAGACCAUCUUCACGUGGCAGAAUGUCAACUACACUAUUCCAUACGAAGGUGGAGAGCGAAAGCUUCUACAAGACGUUUCGGGCUUUGUUCGUCCAGGAAAAUUGACAGCUCUCAUGGGUGCUUCGGGAGCAGGAAAGACUACUCUGCUGAACACUCUUGCUCAACGCAUCGACUUUGGUGUCGUUUCAGGUGACUUCCUUGUUGAUGGUAAAGCUCUCCCGAGAAGCUUUCAAAGAGCUACUGGCUUUGCAGAACAGCAAGAUAUCCACGAGCCUACCUCCACUGUCAGGGAGGCGCUCAGAUUUUCUGCCAAGCUUCGCCAGCCAAAGGAAGUCUCCCUUGACGAGAAGUAUGAGUAUUGCGAGAAAGUCAUCGACCUACUUGAGAUGCGAGAUAUUGCUGGCGCCACUAUCGGAAAGGUUGGUGAGGGUCUUAAUCCAGAACAGCGUAAACGCCUGACUAUUGCCGUUGAGCUUGCUUCGAAGCCAACCCUACUGUUCUUUUUGGACGAGCCGACGAGUGGGCUCGAUUCAGGCGCUGCGUUCAAUAUUGUUCGCUUCCUCAGAAAACUCGCGGAUGCUGGACAAGCAAUCUUGUGUACGAUUCACCAACCGUCAAGCGUCUUGUUUGAGGAGUUCGACGAGCUGUUACUCCUCAAGAGCGGUGGCCGCAUGGUCUACCAUGGAGAGCUCGGUCACGACUCAAAGAAGCUGAUCACUUACCUUGAAAAGAAUGGAGAGCAGAAAUGUCCUCCUAAUGUCAAUCCAGCCGAAUGGAUGCUCGAAGCCAUUGGCGCAGACUUUGGAGACCUCUGGGAGAGGUCCGAAGAAAAGAAAAAGCAGCAGGAAGAGAUUCAACAAAUGAUCCAGGAGCGCCGCAAGGCUUCCAGUGGAGCCAAAACUGAUGACGACCGCGAGUACGCCAUGCCACUUGGUACUCAAAUCAUCACCGUGGUCAGAAGAUCCUUCAUCGCAUAUUGGCGAUCCCCUCAAUACGUCGUCGGCAAAUUCAUGCUGCACAUCUUCACAGCACUCUUCAACGGCUUCACCUUUUGGAACCUCGGAAACUCGCAGAUCGACAUGCAGAGCCGACUGUUCUCUAUCUUCAUGACUCUGACCAUCUCACCACCAUUGAUCCAGCAGCUGCAACCUCGUUUCCUCAACUUCCGCAAUAUUUACCAGAGCAGAGAGGCCAACUCGAAGAUUUAUAGCUGGAUUGCUUUUGUGAUUGGUGCUAUCGUGGUUGAGAUACCGUAUUCGCUGGUUGCUGGAACUAUCUACUGGUGUGCUUGGUACUUCCCGCCUGGCUUCCCUCGCGGUACAUACAGAGCUGCAUCGGUUUGGCUGUUCAUCAUGUCGUUCGAGCUGUUCUAUAUCGGUUUCGGCCAAGCAAUUGCCUCGUUUGCUGCCAAUGAGCUACUUGCCUCAUUGCUUGUACCAAUGUUCUUCUUGUUCGUCGUCUCCUUCUGUGGUGUCGUGGUUCCCUACGCCGCCCUUCCAUACUUCUGGCGCAGCUGGAUGUACUGGCUCUCCCCAUUCAAAUACCUGUUGGAAGGCCUACUCGCCCUCGUCACCCACGGCCUCCCCAUCCAAUGCGACUCCCAAGAACUCGCCAGCUUCCCUGCUCCACCAGGCCAAUCCUGCGACACCUAUGCCGGACAAUAUGCUCAACAAUCAGGCGGCUAUGUCAUCACCCAAGCCAACGGCCUCUGCGGUUUCUGCCAAUAUAGAGAUGGCGAUGCCUUUGCUGCUUCUUUUAAUGUCUAUUGGAAGAAUAUCUGGAGAGACUAUGGUAUCUUUUGGGCGUACAUUCUCUUCAAUUUUGGGGUUGUGUUUGUGUGUUCGUGGUUGUAUUUGCAGGGAGUGGGGAAGAUUAAGAAGUUCUUUAGUCCGGCUGCGAGGAAUCAGAAGAAGGCGGCGAAGCAACGGGAGCAGGAGGAUAGGGAUGAGAAGAAACAUUGA